AUGUCAAUUCAACUCGAAGAACGCCUAUUUAUUGCUGGAAAGUUUGUCGAGGGUAAUGGCGAACGCAUCGACGUAAUCAAUCCCGCCAACAAAGAGAAGUUAGCAUCAGUGCACGUUGCAGGACAGAAAGAGGUUGAUGCUGCAGUCGACGCUGCAGAAAAGGCAUGGCCUGCGUGGGCUGACGGUGACCCGUCUACCCGCUCCAGAAUCAUGCACAAACUGGCCGAUCUUGUUGAUGAAAAUGCUAACACUCUUGGGAUGGUACAAUCGUUGGAGAUGGGAAAACCCCUGAAGGAUUCAAUUAUCGAGGCCCACGGUGUCGCAUAUGUCUAUCGCUGGUUUGCUGGAGCGGCAGAUAAAAUACACGGAAAGACUAGUUUGAAUGUACCAGGCUUUUUGGGUUUGGAGAUUCGUCAACCGUAUGGUGUCACAGCCGGAAUCAUACCCUGGAACGGGCCUCUUGCUAUGCUUGCAUGGAAAACGGCGCCAGCGUUGGCUACUGGAAAUGCAAGUAUUAUUAAGACCAGUGAGAAGUCACCUCUCAGUGCUCUUAUUUUUGCAGAACUUGCCGUGAAAGCUGGACUCCCUGACGGUGUUUUGAGCAUCCUGAGUGGCGCCCGGGAGACAGGACAGCUCCUGGCUUCCCAUAUGCGCAUUCGUAAAAUUGCUUUUACCGGUUCUGCUAUUGCUGGGAAGGCCGUCGCAGAGGCUGCUGCACGGUCCAACCUGAAGUCGUGCACGCUUGAGCUUGGUGGUAAAAGCCCUGUCAUCGUGUUCGACGAUUGUGACAUGGAAGAUGCCGUCACCAGAGUUCUGGGUGGAUUCAAUAGAAAUUCCGGUCAGAUUUGCAUCGCUGGAACGCGGGUGUAUGUCCAAGACACGAUCUUCGACAAGUUUUCGGAAAAGCUUUCUGCGGCUGCUCAAAGUUACAAAGUCGGAGACCCCACUGACGAGUCAUACUCUUCGGGUCCGCAAGUCGACAUUCUUCAGCAUAAACGCGUCCUGCAAUAUAUCGAAACUGGGAAAGCUGAAGGUGCUAAGGUUCUGACUGGUGGAGCCGCCGGAGAUGAAAAGGGAUUCUAUGUCAAACCUACCAUAUUCGUUGAUGUCAAAGAUGAUGCUAUAAUCAACAAGGAAGAGAUAUUUGGUCCAGUGGCAAUACUCCACAAAUUCACCACAGAGGAGGAAGUGCUGAAGAGGGCAAACGAUACUGAGUAUGGCUUGGCGGCUUAUGUCUUCACGAAAGACGUUUCACGCGCCAUUCGAUUCGCCAAAGGACUCGAAGCUGGACAGGUCGGCGUGAACACUACAGGAAAUGCCCACCCAGACCUUGCUUUCGGCGGCUGGAAAGGCUCCGGCAUUGGUCGUGAACUCGGACAUCAUUCCAUCGAUGCCUAUACAGAGGUUAAGACUAUUUUCAUUCGUUGA